UUUGUCAAAAGCAGCGCGCGUCUCUUUGCUUGGCGCUGUCGCAACCCUAGAACGGGCGUGACGUAACCCCGCGAGGAUUUAAUGAGUUUCUCGCGCUGCCAGAAGACCACCGCGUAUUCGAAAAACGCUUGGUCAACGGGAAAGAUCCUCAUAAGUGCCAGCAGACGCCAAAUAGGACAAGAAGAUGCAGGAAACAUACUGCCCCAUUAUCCAAGACAUGAUUCGCUCCAAUUUUUCAGACAGGAAGGCAAGUGUAGGCACAGUGUGUCUCCAUGGCCUGGUCUCGGCCUUUGGCAUCUUUGAGAACGUGCUAAUCCUCUGGGUCAUCGGCUUCAGGGUUCCCCGCUCAGUCCUCAGCAUAUGGAUCCUCAACCUGGCUGCAUCCGACCUGCUUGCCACUGCCUCGCUGCCUUUCUUCACACUCUACCUGGCCAAGGGCAACACUUGGAUUCUUGGCACCACUUUCUGCAAGAUCCACUCCUCAAUAUUCUUCCUCAAUAUGUUUGUCAGUGGCUCCCUUCUGGCUGUCAUCAGCCUGGACCGCUGCCUGGUGUCAUUGCGGCCGGUCUGGGCCCAGAACUACAGGGAUGUGCGCCUCGCCAUGGCCGUGUGUGCUACCCUCUGGGUUCUGGCCUUCCUCAAUACCGUGCCCUACUACCUGUUCCGUGACACUAUCAAGCGACACGAUGGGAGGAUCAUUUGCUACUAUAACUUCAUGCAGUUCUUUCCUCCCGGAGGAAAUGCCACACAGCUGUGUGCAACUCGACAGGAUGCCAUGUCCAUUAGCAAGUUUUUCAUCGCCUUCCUGCUCCCCCUGCUGGCCAUUGUGGGAAGCUAUAUGGCCGUUAGCUCUAGCAUCACUCGCCGCGGCCGAAAACGCACCUACCGCUUCUUCCGGUUGGUGGUUGCAGUGGUGGUGAGCUUUGUGCUCUGUUGGAUACCUUACCAUCUGUUCUGCUUGCUGGAGGCAGUGGCACAUUAUAGGCCUGAGCUGCGGCGCACUGUAGACUUGGCCAUGCCUCCCGCAGCCAGCCUGGCCUUCAUCAACAGCGUGCUAAACCCUGUGCUCUACGUCUUCAGCUGCCCCGACUUCCUGACCAAGAUCCGUCAGUCACUGGCCUCAGUGAUGGAGAGCGUGCUGGUGGAGGACAUGGCUGACGCUUGCUACCGCCGCAGCACCGCCCGCUCCUCUGUUAGCACCAGUGAACUACUGCAUCGUGGACAGAUGGUGUGCGUCAACCCAGGCCAUGGAAGGAGUGGUGAUGGGGAAGAAGAGCACCCUGCUGUGUUUUGAAGAUGGUGCCGCACAUCCAAAGAUAAAUCUUUUUUCGAGAUGCCAUACUGAGGGUCCACCCAGGACACAGUUCUCCUUCUUGUUGCUCUUUGACCUCAUCAUGUACUACAUCUGUUUCCAAGCUUUCUUCCUCGUUACUGAUCUUCAGUUAUGUUUGACCCAUGUUCCAAACCACCACAACCUUACACGUUAUCUGUUAGACUCAUAGGACAGGUAUGGACACCUUUGCCUCAUCUGAUAUUAAACCUGACUUCUCUGAUACCACACCCCUUUAUGAACAUUCUAGACCAUCAUGUUCUUUGAUAUGAAGAAACCAGGUGGAUUUGUGCUUUAGGUGCUCUAGGUCUGGGAGUGGAAAACUAUAGUAUCAUUAUAAAGCAGUCCUGUUUUGCGAUUUUGGUGCGUUUUCUGUGUUGUACCUCUUCUUGCAGUACUGCUAUGAAAACUGACGAAGUGUAGUAUUUAUCAU